GUUACUUCCGGACAAAUUCAAGCUAAUGUUGCCCAGAAUAUAAAAUUAUAAAUGAAUUGCCAGCAGCUUUAAGACUGUUUGACAUGUUUGUUUCAUUGGGUCCAUGCAAGGAAGAAUAACCUGCAGUGUUGUGGCGACUUUAUCUCUACCCAGCCAACUCUUCAGUCACAUAUGACAGGGGCUGUUCAUUGUUAGCCCAGCUUUAGCUUUAGCUUUAGCCAUGCUCUCACACUUCGCUUUCACUUGUCUUCUGGGUUGCGGCUUGCUUGCGACGGGGACCACAGCUACUAGCUAGCUUGGUAGCUAGCUAGCUAAGCACAAUUUCCCCGGUAUUUAAGGCUUUUUGUGUUCUCCUGUUUCUGCUUCAGCGUUUCUUGGACCUCUCGUUUUCUGUCACAUUCCGUGUAACGUAGCAGCGGCCGCACGACGGUGGUUUUAACGCGUAAAAUACGGUAUUAGCUUAGUUAGCAAGCUAGCCAGCCGGCUAACUUUGAAGACACGUCUUUUUUAAAAAAACAUUUAAGUUGGUGUUGACGUUAUCUUGACUCGUGGAGCAUACGUUAACUCCACCGGGAAGGCCUGUCAACGUCUGCUAACGUUUUUCACCACUCAGUCAGGAACCGGAGCUUUAAUUUGUCUGGUUUGUGGUCAGUUUCUGCCACGAUGGCUUCUUCCUCUGGGAACGACGACGACCUCACCAUCCCCAGAGCAGCUAUCAACAAGAUGAUUAAAGAAACUCUCCCUAACGUACGAGUGGCUAACGACGCCAGGGAGCUUGUGGUUAACUGCUGCACAGAGUUCAUACACCUCAUAUCCUCAGAAGCCAAUGAAAUAUGCAACAAGUCCGACAAGAAGACCAUAUCUCCUGAGCAUGUCAUCAAUGCCCUCGAGAGCCUUGGUUUCGCAUCAUACAUCACAGAGGUGAAAGACGUCCUGCAGGAGUGUAAAACUGUUGCUCUGAAGAGGAGGAAGGCGAGCUCUCGACUGGAGAACCUGGGUAUCCCGGAGGAAGAGCUCCUCAGACAACAACAGGAAUUGUUUGCCAAGGCGCGGCAGCAGCAGGCAGAGCUCGCCCAGCAGGAGUGGCUACAGAUGCAGCAGGCCGCCCAACAGGCACAGAUGGCAGCAGCAUCUGCCAGCGCCGCCCAGCAGGCCGGUUCCUCUCAGGAUGAAGAUGAAGAGGACGACAUGUGAUCCCAGGACGUCGUUCGACUUGUCCGAAUCCCUUCCUGGGACCGUUUUGGCACACAAAUCUCCCAGUGCUGUCAUCGACAGAGACAUGAGACAUGUUUGACCGCUGGUAUACAUCAGUGUGACAUGGAUAAAUGCACAUUGGAACGGACAGUGAAGAGAAAGAUGAAGGGGGAUUUCAAAAUCACCGCACGUUCAGAUACCAGUACCUGAAAAUGAUUUGGAUUGAGAAGGCUGUUAAUAAAGUUUUGGAUUAAUCUCUUCUUUCCCCCCUUUUUUCCAUUUGCUUCUGUUUAAUUAUGUCUUGACAUUAUGUUGUGAGUAAUUUGUAGAUUUCUGGAUGUGUUGUGGACACAGAAGGCCAACGUUGCCUGGGAUAUGUCAGUGAGUUUUGGUGAUAAUGCAGCAAGUGUUCGCUCCUUCAGGUACUGCACCAGAUAGCUUACUUCUGUUAUCCGUUGUGCUUGAUCACUUUUGGUGGUUUAGGAGAACGGCUCUAGAAUAAUUUCGGAGCUGUCGGUUUCUCCUUUCAUCAUGGUGAAUUUUUACAGAGACUUUUCAUUUAUUCCCCUUUAGUAUAUUUGUUUAACAGAGGAUCAUUUUUAGGGGUUGUGAAUAUUGGAAUAAAGAUAGAUAAAUUGACAUUUUGUUUAAAUUUUAGCACAUUCAGAUACUUUAUGUUGAAUUUGCUUUCUACCUUGAACCAACCACAGUAUUGAUAAUUACCCACACCGUUCCGAAACAGUAUAUUUUCAUCUCAUAGAACCAAAGAUAGAGGACAGACUAACAACCCAGAGUUACUGUUUUUUUAAAGGUGUAGGUGCUACUGUGAUUCUCGUUGCUGACUCUGGGUCAGUAUAAACAAUGUUAAGGAUUAUUAACCUAUGACUUUGUAAGAUGCUUUGAUAUCCAGACUGAAUUUGUUAUUUCCCCUCUCCUCGGGUGCAGUAUCAAACAUUUGCAUUGUGACUGUGGUCAAUCCUCAGUGUAAAGACAAGUAACCUUAGUUGUGACACACAUUCACUCGCCUAUGCUACAAAGUUGUAUUCUUUAAGCAAUAAAGGAGUCAUGUUUUAUAGACAA